CGUUGUGCGCUAAGUUUCCUAUCGGUUGAUUGUGCCAGAUCGUUUUCUGCAGUUUUCACCGAAAUAUCCGCGACUCAACGAUGCUGCCCAACCUGGCCAAGCUGUCCGCGCUCCGUGGUGUCUCGCACUCCGUCACCAAUGGAUUAAAGCCCGCUGUGGCCGGUGCCGCGAAGGUGGAAAGCAAAUCGGCCAGCGCUGCAGGUCAGAUUCCCCUCGUUAGCAACAUUGCUGGUGCCAACUUGCCGAGCUCCAACUAUCGGGUGGUUUCAGGCGUCACAGGAGCAACCCAGAUCCGCCUGGCCCACACCGACAUCCGUGUGCCGGACUUCUCCGAAUAUCGCCGGGAACAGGUGAAACGCCCGAACGCCAAGAACGACACCGCCGAUGACCGGGCCGCGUUCACGUACCUGCUGGUGGGCGGUGCCGCCGUGUCGACCGCGUACGUCGCAAAAUCGCUCGUGUCCACCUUCGUGUCAUCGAUGAGCGCCUCCGCCGAUGUGCUGGCCAUGUCGAAGAUCGAAAUCAAGCUGGCCGACAUCCCCGAGGGCAAGUCGGUGACGUUCAAGUGGCGUGGAAAGCCUCUGUUCAUCCGUCACCGUACGGCGCAGGAGAUCGAGGCGGAGCAGUCGGUGGCGGUUGCGACACUGCGUGAUCCCCAGAACGAUGCCGAGCGUGUCCAGAAGCCAGAGUGGCUCGUUGUGAUUGGUGUCUGCACGCAUCUGGGCUGUGUCCCGAUUGCGAAUGCCGGUGACUUUGGUGGAUACUACUGUCCGUGCCACGGUUCCCACUACGAUGCCUCCGGCCGUAUCCGCAAGGGACCGGCUCCGCUGAACCUGGAAGUGCCGUACUACGAAUUCCCGGAAGAGGGUCUCCUUAUUGUCGGUUAAAAACCGCACCUACACCCCCCUACAUCCUCUCACAUUCUGCUGCGCCCCGCCCAAGUAAACAAUCCCCCUUUCAAAUAAGUAGUAAAAGAACGUAUCUAUCGCAAAACACCUGCUACUACUUCGGUAAAAGAUAGAAAGUGAAGUGAGAGAUGCACAAUGCACUCCGACGAAUGGACCUUUAACACCCGGGGUCCUUGUGUUAGUAUUUGCAAUUCAUGCCGUCAUAGACCGGACGACGACCGGAGUCACCGGAGAAGCUAGCAACCAGGAAUGAUAGGGUGCAGAAACAACCAAACGCCGAAACCAAUUCACCGAUAGUAGAACAAUGACACGAUUGCUGGUUAAUAAAUUGAUUGGUAAUGUUAAC